AUGGAGCUCUUGAGAGCCAGACGGAGCUCGUGGUCGAAAACGUUCUUGACGUUUUUCGUGGCAGCUGAUAUCAUCUUGAUUAUACUCUUCGCUCUCGGUGCUUUCAACUUCGCGAAGAGAGUCACACCACUCGAUGAGAACAUUGGAGGCUCUACCAGGAAUUGGUGCACCUUUCAAGAGAACGAUGUCGACUUACUAUCGUUCCAUCGAUUCAGGGAUACCAUAAGACAUUUUGAGUACCGCUUCGCUUCGUACAGCCCAAAAGAGUAUCUACCCAGCCAUGCCUUGAAGUGGAGUCUCUUGAACUACGAAAUUCCCUUCCCAUCGGAUGAUUUAGCCGAACUUCACGCCAUCGUCGUCGUGGCCCACCCACUCAGCGAAUAUAAAUUGUACAUGAUUGCAAUGAGAUUCAUGCAUGGAAAUUAUACUUCGAAGAAUUAUACAGAGUUCCGUUUAGAGCACUGGAGCGGCGUGCACCGGUUCGAAAGCUCUCUCAUCCGGAGUCAAGCUGAAUACUUCAGGAAGAGACUAGAAUUCAAUAUAAAGGAGAUCGACAAGCACGGAAGUAUUUUCACGAAGGACGGGAGAACCCUCAAAUUCGACCUUCACAUCGAGCGGUUCCCGAACUUUAACCAGACCGGCUAUACUUUCUCUGUUUCAUUGCCGUCCUCGAGAGGGAUCAACGAGGUCGUAGCAUCUAGCUUUUUCGACAGGAAAUCCGUCUUCAGGAACGAGUUCUACAUAUUCCAAUAUCUGAGCUUCGCCGACGAUACAUUAGCGACGUACAAGGCCAAUUCCAAGCCUAUCUGUACCCUGCAGACGAAAGGCAACAUACAGAGUCUCUGCAGACGCCCGAAUGGAGGAAACGACUUCUGCUCGGCGGACGAGCCCGAAUGGAUCGAGGGGGACUCGAAGGACAUCGCCUAUACACCUGCGGCCUCUCGCUAUCAGCGCAGAUAG